AAGCCCUCAUACGCUUCUAGACCGAGCCGUGUCGCGGACGGCGCUUGAGCUUCGGAGCUCCGUCGCACAUUUUUUUUUUUAAGUAUACACCCCCCAACUCCUUGGAGCCGUCCUGCCCAGUGCCUGUCCCCCAAGAAGCCCCAGUGCGACACCUUGACUGUGUUAUUCUUUUCGUGAAGUGGUGUUUAUCUACACCGUGGGAUCUUGUGUUUCUUCAGAAGUGCGCGCUGAAACUCCUUUUGGAUGGCCGGUGUAUUACGUCGUGGUGCGGCGUCUCCUACAAGCAUGGGUGCCUUGAGGUGGAGCAUCUCGCCCCUGCGGUCAACGUCGUCUCUGGUGGUCGCGAGCUUCGCCAUCGUGCUCAUCGCCGUCGCGUGUUGCGGCGUACGGACAGUGGAUGCUUCGAGCCAGUGCUCGACGAGUCAGUUCAAAUGCGCCAAGCACGAGAAGUGCAUCCCGAAGACGUGGCGAUGCGACGACGAGAACGACUGCGGAGACGGCUCUGACGAGGAGAACUGCGAGAAGCGAACAUGUUCAGAGAUGGAGUUUGCGUGUGCCAACGGCCACUGCAUACCAAGCCGGUGGCAGUGCGACAAUGAGCCAGACUGUGAUGACCGCUCGGACGAGGACUUGGCUAUCUGCAAGAACAAGACCUGCUCUCCGGACCAGUUUGCUUGCAAGUCACACGAAGGUGUCUGCAUUCCAAUCACGUGGCGGUGUGACGGUCAGGAAGACUGUAUUGACGGCUCCGACGAGAAAGACCACUGCUCUGCGGUGACGUGCACGCAAGAAGAAUUCUCGUGCAACAACGGCAAGUGCAUCACUCAGCGCUGGAAGUGCGACCAGGACGAUGAUUGCGGCGACGGCAGCGACGAAAAAGGAUGUCCGAACGUGACGUGCUCGAGCGCCGAGUUCAUGUGCUCCAACGGGCGCUGCAUUCCGGACCGGUGGAGGUGCGACCGCGACGUCGACUGCCUCGACGGGUCCGACGAACGCAACUGCCCGACGGACCGGCCCAGCACGUGCAAGGAGCGCGAGUUCCAGUGCGCCAACGGCGUCGACUGCGUGCACGCGUCGUGGCAGUGCGACGGCGACCCCGACUGCCCGGACGAGUCCGACGAAGCCAACUGCACCAACACCUGCCGUCCCGACCAGUUCCAGUGCGCCAACAUGCACUGCAUCCCAGGCCAGCUGGAGUGCAACGGGCAAGCCGAGUGCCACGACGGCUCGGACGAGGACCACUGCAACACCACCAAGCUGUGUGACCCGCACACCGAGUUUGACUGUGGAGGCAACCACUGCAUACCCAAGACGCUCGUGUGUGACGGCAAGAAUGACUGCGGCGCGUACGAGGACGAGCCCAAGGACAGGUGCCACGAGAACGAGUGUGCCAAGGACAACGGUGGCUGCUCGGACAUCUGUCGGGACGACCCGGUCGGGUUCCACUGUGAGUGCAAGCCGGGAUUCCGGCUCACAGAGGACGGCAAGACGUGUGACGACAUCGACGAGUGUGCCACCCCGGGGUCGUGCUCACAGACCUGCAUCAACACCAAGGGCGGAUUCAAGUGCGAGUGCAUCGACGGUUACGUGCUCGAGCCGAGGGACCACCACCGAUGCAAGGCCAAAGAGGGCGUGCCCUACCUGCUCUUUGCCAACCGCAACGACAUCCGCAAGAUCAACCUCGAGACUGGUGAAUACGUCGAGGUGGUCUCCAAGCUGAGGAGCACCAUUGCCACCGACUACAUCUACCGCACUGGAACGGUCGUCUGGUCCGACACCGUCGAUGAAGUCAUUAGCAGUGCACCCAUUGACAAGGGAACCCCGGUCAAGGUGAUCAUUGACACGGACCUUCACGUUGCCGACGGCCUGGCCGUGGAUUGGAUCUACAACCACAUUUACUGGACGGACACGGCUCAGAACCUCAUCUCCGUCGCGGACCUGGAUGGGCGCAUGCGGAGGGCGCUCUUCUCCGAGGAACUCGAUGAGCCACGUGCUAUCGUCGUUAACCCACUGGAGGGUUGGAUGUUCUGGACUGACUGGGGCAAGCAGCCAAAGAUCGAGCGGGCUGGCAUGGAUGGCUCGCACCGAUCUGCCAUUGUCACCACAGACAUUCUCUGGCCCAACGGACUUACCAUUGACUUUUUGACAAAGCGGCUGUUCUGGGUUGACGCCAAGCUACACCUCAUCAGCAGCGCCGACUACGACGGUAGCCACCGCCGAGUUGUCCUCUCUUCGCCGCUGCUUGUAAAGCAUCCGUUCUCCAUUGAUGUCUUUGAGGACUGGCUGUACUGGACUGACUGGGAGUCCGAGGUCAUCAACAAGGUGAACAAGUUUAACGGCCAGAACCUUACCCACAUCGCCAACGGCGUCUUCUCGCCCAUGGAUGUCCACGUCUAUCACAGCUACAAGCAACCGCAAGGCGUGAACCACUGCGAGCAGGCCAAUGGCAUGUGCUCCCACUUCUGCCUGCCGGCACCCAUCCUGAGCAUCCACUCGGCACACUACACGUGCUCCUGCCCCAACGGAAUGGAACUCCAGGAAGAUGGGCGCAACUGCAGGAUUAUGGCGAGUGCGGAAGAAGUACCGAAGGGCUGCGUCCUCUCGAAUGACACGCUCUCGAGCGGCGACGCUGCCAACGUGACCGCGCAGACAGCCACGGCAUCGUCUUCUCCAAACUCUUCCUCUUCCGCUCUUGCACCUUCUUCUUCUUCAUCAUCCUCUCUUCCUUCCUCUGGGUCCAGCCUUCUCUGCAACGCUUCCGCUGACACAGUGGCACAAACGUUACCACCCGCAACCGGCGGGAAGGUCCCGACGGUGCCAGCAGUCACGGACGAGACUGUGGUGUACAACGCGAGUCAUGCCACUGGCGGCGAGGUCACCAGGCCCGCAGAGCCGGCGCUGGGACAUCGCAACCUGUUCUCCCAGCUGGGCUCGGGACACAUUGCUGGCAUCGUCAUGGGCGUUCUCGGCAGCCUCGCUGUCAUCAUCACCCUGGUGGCGUACCUUGUGUACCGACAGUACUUGAGGAGGAACAUCACGAGCAUGAACUUUGACAACCCGGUGUACAGGAAGACAACAGAAGACCAGUUUAGCUUAGAAAAGAACCAGUACCAGCCAGCCAGGGCUUACCCCCCGAGCAUGGAACCAUUGACAUCACCAGGCACGAAUGAAUUUGUAUAGUGGCCUACCCGCUAGAAGUGUGAAGGGCCACGUUUUUCGUGGCUGGGACAUUAUUUUGCAAUUAGAGAGAGACACUUUGAUUUUUUUUUUCUUCGGCCACAAGUGGUGUGCAUGUGCGCCAGGAAGGAUGGCCUCGUUGGGUACCGAGUCCCCGUCGAGGACAGUGGCCUCAAGUUGAGGCCGAGAGCGAGAGCGGGACUCCGGGCUUCUGCCGAGGCGCAUUGGCGUGUCGUCUGCUAGCGGCGUGCCGCGGAGUUGGUUUGGACCGUCUGUUGCCGUUCGCGCAGCUUCUUCAGCAGGGUAGUGAUGCAGCAAACUGACUAGUGUGUGACUGGUUGGACACCGGUCAUCAUCCCCACACCUUGCCACGAGUGCUGCCGAACAACGUCGAGUUACCCGACGCCUAGACCGGCAAUCUGACGUUGAAAGUUGCUCCUUGAGCGACCCUUCGUUGGAUGGCCAGACGCCAAGACACUGCGAGGUCUUUACCAUCCAAGUCGAAGAGCUUGCGCUGGUGUUGCGGACUUCUGUCCUUCCUUGCAGCAGAAGGACGCUGUGGCUGCAAGCAGGAGACGGACGACAUUUCGCAUUCUCUAGCAGACGAUCAUUUGUGCAAGCAUACGGUGGAGCUUGGUUACUGUAGCAGACGACGAAUCAUCGUGGCGUCAAGCAGCAGACUGUCGCUGCUGUGGACUGCCGUCUGUGCAGGAACCUGGUGCAUCUGGUUUGGUGGCUCGGUAGCAGAUGACGUGUCGGCACCAUGCAGCGGGACUGAUCACUCGCAGUGGUUACGCAGCAGACGAUGUCGGACUGGGUGAGAGUGAAGGUUUUGAGACUGUUGUCUCUGUGGAGUGAUGAGUGAGAUGUUGAGUGUGCCGAAGCUACGACGGGGGGGUUUUAGUGAAAGCCCGCAAUGGUGGCAGGGGAUUGCUGUUUCCUGUUCGCCAGAGCUAAACCGGGACUCAUUUUUUGGUGUCUUUCCCUGUACACCGUUCCGCCUGUGCGUAUUGCGCGAGGGCAUCUCCUAUCUCGCGAGGCAUUGUACAUUGUGUGAGGUUGAGACUGCGCAUCGCUAGUGUGGCCAGGGAGACCCAAAAGCUAAGGAAAAAAAAAAUUCGCAGCAAAACUGAAUCACGUCCUUCUCGGGACCGACCAAGCAUUCGGCAUCGCAUUCACACGUGAGCGAUCGGUCGAUUUGUGAAAUCGAACGAGCGAGCGGCUGUUAUUUAUUUUCAGUUUACCAUCGAUCUUCUUGCAUCGAGGUUUCUGGGUUGGGGAUAAAGAGAGUUUCUGUAGGUUGUGUUCUUUCGAGAGUCUGUUUUGGGUAGUCUUUGUUUUUACCGUUUUCUUUUUUCGAGUUGGAGGGAUUAUUUAUUUCAUUGCACCAUCUUUUGCACCGAGUGAAUAAAAAAAAUAUAUUCAUUUGUUUCUCAUGAGUGUAGGAUGUGAUGUGAGCUUUAGGUGCUCGAGAGUGGACGAUGUUGCGGAAUCUCCCUGGUGCUUUAUUAUUAUUUUUUUUUUGGUCCGGCGUGGAGGCAACGUAUCGAACAAGCUUUUAAUAACGCAUAUUUUUUCGCGAGCAGUGUGAUUGACAUGUAGCAGGGGUGGUGAAAAAAUUCAUAGCUUAAAAAACCAUCAUUAUCGAGCCAGCCGACAGCGAAGCAUAUCCAAACGGUUCUCGUGGCUUUGAGUGUUUGUGGGUGAUUUCUCUUUUUCUUUUAAGACCUCCUUGUACAUUAGCGUCGUGAGAUUGUUGGAACCACUGUUUUUUGUGUAAAUGUAGAAAAAAAAAAUGCGACAACUUAACUUAUUGACAGUUUCAUUAUAUAUAUAGACAUAGAUACCUGUGUUCAAAAGCAUAGGCAGUGCUUACUAUUAUUAUUACUAUUAUUAUUAUAAUGAUUAGUUAUUCGCACUGACCUCUCUUCGCAGAGAGUUUUAUUUUGUGGCAGCAAUUUACACUAGCCAUGUAUUAAAAGAAAAAAAAAAACCUCACGCGGUGUUCCUUUAGCAGCCCUCGCAGAUAAGUUCCAGCAAGUGCAUUUUCUUUCGUUUAUGAAAGCACUGCACUUCGUCGAUCGUUUUUCCCGAAAGUGCCGGGGCAUUGGCUGUACGUCUCGUGAAACGACUCUUGAAUGUUAACACUAUGUCAUUUCUUUCUGGUUGCACGUGGUGUGGUCAUUUGGAUGUUGUGUGUCUCACUUGUAAUGAACGCUCGGAGAGUAGGCCGUCGUGGGCCGCAGCUUUUAGAGUUCCCGCCCGUUUGUUUCGCGAUGUCGUUGAUGCGGCAGAAUUUAUUGCGUUCGCUUGUUGCUCACGUGCAAUCGGCGUCUACGCCUCGGACGUGUCCGCGAUCAAAACGCGCGACGAAUGCAACCGACGCCGAAAAGUCGGCAAAUUUCGUUCGAACGUGUGUUUCAGGUGGGCUGCCCGAAACUGUUAACACGCCAUUUUUGUUGAUCUUAAGCUUUCUGUCCCACGAGGGAUCGCGAACGGUCUAAAGAAUGUAAAUAGGCGCGCGCGCUUCUUUUUUUUUUCGUUCACCCACCCUUGCGCAUUAACCCGAGACGAGUAACUAUCCUAACCAUCGAAGCAAGCUUUUCCGUUUGCCACCUUUGAGCAACGCAAAGCUGCCUGAAUCAAACUCGCAUUUGCGAGCGUCCGACUUCUUACCAACCACCCAAAUCGGACGGUUUGCGGGUGGCUGACUUCUUACCGUCGAUCUGAAUCGGGCGGUUCGAAAUGUUAAAUUUUGUCGAUAGCAGUUAUCAUGAAUGCUUGUACUUUCUUUUUCUCUGCACCUUCUUUUGUUUCAUUGAUAUCUUUUUUCACGUACUUCGGGUAGUUUAUCUCCCGAAGAUAUCAAUUGAGCCAACGUGCCGGCGCGUCUGCAAGCCACCGGCGUUUGCACCUGUUGCCGAAAUCGCACCUCGAACUCCUACUAUAAUUUUUCCCGACACCCCUCGCACCCCUAGCCUAGCUCCUUCUGCUCUUAAAGCGGAGCAUUGUUGACUUAACGAUUAUUAUCGCUAUUUAACGCAAGAUGCACGCGUGACUCUCAACUUGUGCGACGUGCGGCACUCCACGCUCUUGCCUUCCUUACGCGUCGCUCGGCUCGCUUAAAAAAAAAUCGCGUGAAUCUCCCAACGCGGCGGCGUUUCCUGUUCUUUUCUUUCCCGAGUUAGUUACGCUCGGCAACACGGAAGUUCCUGUCCAAAAACGCCAUCUUCUGAUCUUGUAUGUGUUCCCCACCUUUCCCUACAUGUUUGUUUCGGUCAGUCUCGGAAUCUAGUGCUUUGUGAUAUAUACAUAUACAUAUAUAUAUUAUAUAACUGAAUGCAGCAGUUGUUGUUGCUAAAAGCUGUGUACGUCGUCUGUUGUGUAUAUCCGUUUCUUCCUUCGCCUUUUUGUUUUUCUUUCUUGCAUCUGUAUACAUAGCACUGAGUGUACUGGUCAUUCCCGUUCUCAGAUUUAGUCGCCACCAAAGUGUGCGAUUGGUUCCAGUUCUCUCUUCUUUUUUUCUUUUGUACAUAGAUGUCUACCCAAGUGUAAGGUAUGAAAUAAAAGAAAAAUGA